UUCAAAUAAAUUUCAGUUAAAAAGAAAACAAACAAACAAGCCAUUUAAAUAUUGGACAUUUCACUAAACAAUGGAUCACUUUACCGGUAGUGUGUUCAGCGGAUACUAAUGAAACUUGAAAGUAAGAUGCCUGGUUAUAGAGAUUACCGUUCUGGCCGCUCAAGACGACCAUGGCCCUGAUCUUGACCCAAAUUUACCUUUUGAAGCGCCUACCAACACUUGUGGCUUUCACCUUUCUCUUACCCACGCAACAGUCUUGUUUAAGCCAAAUAGUUAACACGGCCGAAAAAAUGAGAAAAAAAUCAAAGAACGGAAAUCUUCGCUGUAUUGUACCAAAUUGUGCCGAAAGUGGCCACCAGGACAAGCGCUCCAUGUAUAAGUUUCCGGUUAAUCCGGUUAUCCGAGCCAAGUGGACGGAAAACAUAGGACUUGCAAAACAUCAAAAUCUCUACAAUCAGCGGGUGUGCCGACGUCACUUUGAAUCACAGUGUUUCGGAAAGGCCAAGGUGUUCUCCUGGGCAGUUCCAACACUUUUCUUGGGUAAAAAAGAGGUGCGGCAUCACAGCAUCCCAACGAGAAGAAAGUCAUUUGUUCGAAAAUGCAGCGUCAGGAACUGCCAAUCACGUUCCCCACCAGACAGGCUGCAUUUCUUUCCCUCUGAUCCGCAGCUUCGAAAAGAGUGGCUCGACAUAUGUCGCCUCACGGGCGACAACAAGUGGUUGUUCAUCUGCGGACGACACUUCCGCAGGAGCUUGCUGCCCAACAGAAACAGCAACCUGCCCAAGGACUCCAAGCCGGAGUUCUUUUUGGGUCUGGACGAGGAAGAUCCCCUGGAAGAGCGCGUCAAGAGUGAGUUUGAACCCGUGAAGAAGCUGUACUUUAAAAGCGAGGACGAAGGCAUCGACGAGGAAUACUCCAAGGAGGGUAACCCACCAAAAUCCUGUGGCAACUGUCAUGAACUGGAACAACAACUGGAAACUGCUCUCCUUCGUAUUAAAGAGCUGGAGAAAAAACAAAGGGAUCUUACUCACAAUGAGGAGGAGGAGGAAGAGGAGUACAUCAUAGUGCUAAUGAAAUGA